UAGGAGCCUGGCCUAUGCAGCCAUGCUGAUGUAUGACUACCCUCUAAAGACAGACAUGGAGUCGUCAUUCUACUCUUCGUUAGUGAAAACCCCGGAGCCAUACGGCGUGAUCUUCUCCCAUCCUGCCCACCUCUACCACCCCACGCAAAUGCACGCCUUCACCCAGUCCCACACCCCCAGCAACCCCACACACACCCAGCUGGAGCCAGUGGACCUGUCAGUCAGCAAGCGUUCCUCCUCCACCUCCUCGUCCUCCUCCCCUCCCUGCUCCUCCGCCUCCUCCCCAGCCUCCUCACGCAGCUCCCCGCCUUCCCCCUACAGCACGGCGAGCCGCGCCUCCCCUCGCUGCUCCCCCCCACACUCCCAGCUGCGCUCCUCGCCCUCCCACGCUCUCCCUCCUCCCACUCCUUCACUUCCUUACCCCACCAUGGUGGCUCCACUGAUCAGCUCUGGAUCCGGAGUCAUCCAGGGGUCGGGGGUGAUGGUGUCUCCGGUCAUGGUGCCUCUGUCCGUCCUCUACCCGUCGCCACUCCACCUGCAUCAGCCCAUUAUGGUGAGCCCACCUGUCGCCGGUGAUGACGACCAUCAUCGAAGCAGGGAGCACAAGACAGUUCAUUGUGGCGACGCCCACGACCUGCACAAGCCUAUCAAAACGGAGCCUCGCUCUGAGCUCGCUCAUGACCUCCACAGCAGCCACGAGAUGAAAUCAUCAGUCAUCAGGAUACCACACGAAUACGGGGGCAACAACCCGUCAGUAAUAGUUCAUUCAGGCGCAAAGCAUCCUCUCCCCGCCGAGUCUCCGGACACGCUGAAAAAGCGGCGGAUUCACCGCUGCGACUUCACCGGCUGCAACAAAGUGUACACCAAGAGCUCCCACCUCAAAGCACACCGCAGGACACAUACCGGAGAGAAACCCUACAAGUGCAUGUGGGAAGGCUGCACGUGGAAGUUUGCACGUUCGGACGAGCUGACAAGACACUUCCGCAAGCACACAGGAGUCAAACCGUUCCAGUGCCCUGACUGUGAACGCAGCUUCUCGCGCUCUGACCACCUGGCUUUGCACAAGAAACGCCACCUGCUGGUGUAAAACCACACAGCGGGGGCUACUUCACAGAAACUGGACUGUACCACUUUGACUUGAGGGGGGGGAUUUUAAAAGAGCUGGCCUUGGACUCCAGAUGGGGAGUGGGGGAAUGUUCCUCAGGGUGCAAGUUUUAGACCCUUUCACCUCAUUAGCCUGAAUAUGAGCUGGUGUCAUUGAUCAUCUAACACCUUCCUGUUUGCAGAUUCAUCAUCAGCUCAUUUUGACGUUAUAAUAGAAAUAAGGUUGUUGCACCAGACCUCUGAUCAGCUGUGGAAGGUCCAGACACUUUUUUUUUUCCAAAAAAAAAAAGAGGUUGCAGCAUCUCAGCUGGCCUGAGAGCAGUGCCCUCUUCUGGCCGCAGAACCAAACUGCAUCGUCACUCUCUCAAGCUUCUUUUUUUGCAUCGGCUCUCAUUUUCUCUGCAUGCAUUCAAAGUAAAGAUUGUGUACUCCAACACACACGUUAUUUGCUAGCUAGGCCAAUAUAAUGUGAAACUUUUCAGAAUGUAUCAUAUCACACCCACUGUGCAUCGUGUCACGCAUGCACCAGCUUCCUCUUAUCAGCUACCUGUGACGUAACGCUAACUCCUCCUUCAUGGACCGCCACAUUUAAACACCACACACCUCAUCUGCCUCUACAAGCUUACAUCAUGAAGUGACUUU